GGAGAAACACAGGAAGAUCAGAACAAGAAGAUCAGAAAACAAGAAGAUCAGAAAACAAGAAGAUCAGAAAAAGAAGAUCAGAAAACAAGAAGAUCAGAAAACAAGAAGAUCAAGGCACCUCAAAGCAGGACAACACGAGUGAAAGCGAGGGUCUAAACAAGGGUCUAAACAGGUUUACCUACAAAAGUGGAGGAAGAGGUUGAGGCAGACAAGGGAGAAGCGAACAGCAGCUAGCAUACCAAUGGCUUCCUUGGUUUUGAUACAGAAGCGACAAGCGUGCCAGAAGAGAAAGGAGCUCUAUGAAAAAGUAAAGAAUCAUGAGAAAUACGUGCAAACUGUUCUGAAAACCUGGGACAAGAGCAAAUCCGGCGGAUUGAACUUUGAGGAGCUGAAAGAGUAUCUGAAAGACAUCAGUCAGGGUCGGGCUCCAACAGACACUGAAGUUCAGUGGGUGAUUCAGACAGCGACCAAGGAAGGUGGGAAGUUCAACCCCGAGUGGGUCUCCGGGAAGAUGGAAAUUAAACCACCAGAGUUCGCAGCGGCAGCGCAUGCUUGGCAAUCAUACCAGGAGAACCGCGAGAUGAUCGACGAGGUGUUCUCUAGAUUUGACGUGCAUAAGCGAGGGCGACUCAACUGGGAGGAGCUGAAGAAGGUUCUGACUGAGCUCAACGACGGGGACGAGCCGACCAAGGAGGAGGUAGACUGGGUGAUGAAGAAGUCGGACAUCGUCGGGAACGGAGAGAUCGACAAGCCUGAGCUCAUUCAAGCCAUCGCCGUCUGGUACUCACAUGUCGACGGAAAUGUCGCGAGCACGGAGAGAGUGCCAGGAAGUAGCUCGUGUUGUGUGCUGCAGUGAGAAAGGAGAAGAGCAGGCUGUUGCAAAUCAAGCCAUGCGCAACUAAGUUAAUGCAAAGUGAGUAAAGUUUGAGGUGCCGCGUC